AUGGAUAAUAUAGUGAAAGACCGUCCAGCCCAUACUUCUGCCAAAAAAAAAUUCAGCUGUUUCAUCUAUAUCGCCAUAUUCAUUAUCGUUUUUAUGUACUUGGGAACUGUGGGUAUAGUAUUGCCUCCCUAUAGGCCAUUUACUCAAUUUGAAACCAUCAAUUUCUAUAUAUUUCACAUAAUUUUUGCAUUAUUUGUCUGCAGUUUCAUUAAGUCAUCAAAAACUGAUCCUGGAUCUGUACCGCAAAACUGGGGUUUUUACAUGGGAGAUGAGACGAAGCGCAAGAGGUACUGCAAAGUUUGCAAUGUUUGGAAGCCAGAACGCACUCAUCAUUGUUCUGCUUGCAAGAGAUGUGUAUUGAACAUGGAUCAUCAUUGUCCAUGGAUAAAUAAUUGUAUAGGAUUUUAUAACCGCAAAUACUUUAUUCAAAUGCUAUGCUACGCCCUAUCAUGUCUAUCAAUCGUUGUAUUACAGGGUUUCAUCUAUUUGAUAAAUGAAUCUUUUUAUGGGUUUGAACACCCUCCAGAUGUAUUCCCUUACAAUAUAAUCGAUACUACAGGGCUUCAAGCCUUCUGUUACAUCUACACUUGUAUGAUGAUUUUUGUCGGAAUAACCCUCACUAUAGCAUUAGUUCCAUUCGUCAAAUUCCAUUUCUGUCUAGUGAUAAAGAACUCUACGACAAUUGAGAGGUUGGAUGAAUCGAACCCAGAGUUAAAGGUUUAUGACAUUGGCAUCGGAGGGAAUUUACAACAAGUUUUCGGUGUAAAUCCGCUUUGCUGGUUUGCACCUUGUAAUCUACCCCUUAAUAAGCCUGUGGGUGACGGUGUUAGGUGGCCAAUACAUUAUUACCACCCCCUGGCAGAUGGAGUUUAA